GCCUUUCAAGAAUUUACUAUUACUGAAGGUUCUGGUUUUCUAAAAAAAAUGCGUUCGAUAUUCAUAUCACCAUUUCACGGGAUUUUUCCUGGAACAUUGUGGUGCGGGGCUGGUUCUGCGGCCGACAGUGACGAAGAUUUGGGUCUAUUUCAAGAUACUGAUACUUGCUGCCGAGAACACGAUCACUGUCCUCUAAAUCUAGCUCCCGGUCAAACAUUUUUUAUUGGCGUUUCUCUACCUUUAUAUAACGAUGCAUCAACCACUGCCUCACAUUGCGACUGCGAGGAAAGAUUUUAUAAUUGUUUAAAAAGCUCGUCAAAUUUGAUAUCAUAUAAAAUAGGUAAAAAUUACUUCAAUAUUCUAGCGAUGCCUUGCUUUACAUAUGACUAUCCGAUCGAAAGAUGCGUCCAAUAUGAAGGUUUUAUCAAAGAAAAAUGCGUCGAGUAUGAAGUUGAUGUUUCGGCACCUCGAACGUGGCAGUGGAGAGAUAGUAGAAGUUAUUGA